AUGCCAGGUCCUAUCAACACCGCUAUCGUCCUUGUCGAUCCGUACAACGACUUCCUGCAUCCAGAGGGCAAGUUGACUCCCCAUCUCAGGGAUCUCAAUGACAGACAAACCGUCAAGCAUAUUGAAGAAUUAGUAAAGGCUGCACGGUUCCACAAGAUUCCCAUCUUCUAUGGACUUCACCAGACAUGCUCCGAGAAUAGCUUCUUCGACUGGAAACACAUGACGCCCAAUAACGUCAAACAGCAGAGCCUACGGUUUUUCGAAGAGGGAUCGUUCGGAGCCGAAAUCUAUGAAGGGUUGCAACCAGAUCCUAAAAACGGGGAUGUUGUAUUGAGCCGGCAUUGGAAUAGCAGUUCGUUCCAGCAUACCGACCUUGAUUUCCAGCUUCGGCAGCGCGAGAUCACAAACCUAGUUUUUGCUGGCUUGACAGCGAAUACCUGUCUCGAGGCUACCGCUCGAGAUGCUUUCGAAUUUGGCUACAACAUAACUCUUUUAAAGGACGCCACUGCAGGCUGGUCCAAAGAGCUGACAACCGCAGCAGUCGAUCUUGUGUGGCCUUUGUUUUCACAGAGAGUGAUCACUGUGAAUGAGUGGAUUGAAAGCCUGUGGGAGUCCCAGGAGGUGGCCGGCAAGAUGUAG